AUGACGCGUAAAUGCUAUUACUGCAAAGCGGGAAUGCCCGAACUAACUGUAGGCAAUGAAGGUGAUUCACAGUGUGAAAAGUGUAAGAAGAACGAGGAGAAAUAUAAAACAAAGCCGACGAUAUGUAUGUAUUGCCAAUUACAAGCUGCUUUUGUUGCUAACAAAUGUGUUUGGUGUUGUCAUGCUGAGAGAAAGUAUGGAUUACCGGUGCAAUGUUCUCAAUGCCUUCAGAAAUCUGCCUUUGUUCGAGAACCCUCACAAAAGGAUAAACCGCUAUAUUGCCGUUUAUGUACAAUGUCUAGAAAGGCAAUGUUUGGAGAAGCAUAUAGCAGCAUAUCAAAGUCAAAAAAUAGUAGUCAUUCGAAACGCAGAAAACCGAAUUCUUCUGAAAAUAGAGGAGGAAAAAUAUCGAAGCGAAAUGCGAUGACAGAAACAACGCUAGACAGUGCCCAUUCGGAACACAUCUUUGUCAUUCAACAAUAUAAAGACGAAAUUUUAGAACUGCAAAAGAAAUGCUUUGAAAAAGAUAGAAUUAUACUGGAAAGAGACAAGAAGAUUGCAGAAUUGAAUGCUGAAAUAAUAAUGCAGGAGCAACAGGGACGAAUGAAAAUAACCAUGAUGCAAAAGCAGCAUGCCGAAUCGUUGCAGUCACUUCAUGAUCAAAUACGAGCUUUAAACAAACAAGUGCGGCAAUUGCAGAAAGGAUUUUAA